AUGGAGGUUCGCUCCAAAGAUACACUAGCACCACCACUCAAACACAAGCACCAGGAGAAGCUGAUGGUCAAGAAAAGUCAACUCCUUCUCCACACUUCAACGUGGACAAUUAACAGCACCCUCACCGGCAAGCCACGUCUGGCCAAUUUUUCAACUGGCAGGACUCGCAAGAAUCUUGAAGAGGAAAGUGGCAAAGUGGAUGAUCAUAUCCAGGCUGCAGUGGAGAAACCAGGUAGCCAAAAAUAUUUAUUGCCCCACCCUAUCUGGUCUGAGGAAGAACUUGAUGCUGUGGAGGUCACACAUAAUCCACCCAAAGAAAGAGUAGACAAGGCAGCCUAUUUUGCAUGCAAGGCACUCAGGGCCAACUUUGACUUCUUCUCUGGCUUUUCCUGGGGCAAGCGAACUGAAAGGAAAUGGAUCUAUCGUAUCAUAUUCCUGGAAACAGUAGCAGGGGUGCCUGGUAUGGUGGCAGCUAUGUCCAGACAUCUUCGCUCUUUGAGGAGGAUGCAGAGAGACCAUGGAUGGAUUCAUACGCUACUAGAGGAAGCUGAAAAUGAAAGAAUGCAUCUCAUGACAGCUCUAGAGAUCAAGCAGCCAUCUUUGUUCUUUCGCUUGAUGGUUCUAGGGGCCAAGCAAAUAAUCACCUCGACCAGUAUCUUUGUGAAUAUGUUCUUCAUCUCUUACCUGGUUAGUCCAAGGUUUUGUCACCGAUUUGUAGGAUACCUCGAGGAGGAGGCAGUCAUCACUUACACCAAGCUUCUCAAGGACUUGAGAGCAGAUGCCUUGCCAAAGUGGAAAGAUAGGAUAGCUCCAGAGAUCUCAAUAAAAUAUUGGAAAUUACGACCUGAUGCAGACUACAUUGAUCUCUUCAGAGCCAUUCGGGCAGAUGAAGCACAUCAUCGUGAAGUCAACCAUACUUUGAGUGAUAUCAAGCCCGACGAUCGCAAUCCGUUUGGACCAGGCGAAUAAAUAAGAGAGUUUCUCAUCAGUUUAUGGUAACAUAAAGUUCUUAAAACUUUGUUAAACCAUUCAUUGUGCCAUGCUUUUCUUGUAUACAGAUGUCACUUGGCUUGAGCUAUAUGCAAUGUAACAGAAGUAUAAUAUUUGUCUUUGAGGGAAUACAUGCAUGCAAUGUAAAUGCGGUAUUAGGUGCUACAUCUCUUGAACACAUACCUUGAGUUUGACAAAACCAUUAUUCCUAUUUAGUUACUUUUAUCUGCCUAAUCUUUAUAACGCCACCUUUAAAAUUGUUGUAGGUGGCAACUUGUAGAUUCACAGCAAUUUAAGAUGUUUGAUUAAAGGUUAUCGACAUGUAUACAUUGAUUCAAAUUUUAAGAAUCACAUCAUUUAAUUGUGAUGUUAUAACAUUGCUGUCUCAAGCUUAAUCUUUGACUACAGUAAAUCUUCUGCAAAUCAAUUAAAAGAAUUGUUUUCAGGCAAAAUAGUCAUCAUUUUAUUUAUACUUUUUUGUAAUUUAUAAGUAUAUAUGUAUAUAGUCUUCACGCAAUAUAAAGUCAUUUAUAAUACCACCAAAUCUCUAGAAUAUCUUCAAAUCAAAUAUUUUAUUAUAUACCUUUUCUGGAAUAUUCAGAUAUUAGAUAGUAAAGCUUUAUAAUUAGUGAUUGUGAUAAGAGGAGUACAAAGGCUUAAAGUCUGAUCUUCCGUGAAAUAGUCACCUUCAGGACCUAUAGAGGUAGAUUAUGAAAGUACAACUACCCUCAAUGAAUCCAUAAUAAUAAUACAAAUAUGGUGGAACAAAUAUGGUAAAAGGGGAGAU